AUAUUGUUCCCGUGACUCACUAAAGAACGUUGACAGUCGCCCAUUCAGACGGUGAGACAUGGAUUUUUAUACAUGGAAAAUGAUCAAAUAAAGACUGAAGUACUCGGCCCACAUAAAGAUGUACUUUCAAAUAGGAUUUUGUUGAAAGUAUAAUAAUUGAUCAUCAUUUAAGAUAAAGAAGUCACAACCUGCCGUACGGGAUAUACAAUGUCGAAGGUAGAGGAUAUCAAGUGGUCCAGACAGUCAUAUACUCUGAAGGACGUUCUAAAAAAAUACACAUUUCCACAAAUCCUCAAGGUAACCGCCGGCUCUUACUCUCCGGAGGAGAACGAGAACCUUACAGCUGGACAGGUUUUGCGAAUUCACCAGCUUUGUCGACAGACGCGCGUACUUGCUAGUGAUCGGAAGGGAAACCACAUUAGUAUACCAAUACGAUAUGGAAGUGCACGAUUUGAAAUUAUCAAUAACGGAAAAAAAUCGAAACCGAUGUAUCUCCGGGAAAUUAUCGACAAGUCGCUACUACCACGAGAGGUGCGGUUUGCCGUCGACGACGAUCCACGAUUCCGACUACAGUACGCUAAUACUAUUACCGUCGAGGAAAAGUUCAACUCCUUGUUACUAAGGACAAUGUACGAAGAAAGUUUCAUUCAAGGAAAUGCAAUCAACCAAAAUUUACUCGACACCAUGGUGAUCAACCUACCAGUUCAUGCCAAGGUGGAGGUUGUUGUUGCUGAAUGUUUUAGAGACAGUCCGAUUGCAACUUGGGACAGGUAUACAAAUCUCCUUGAGAGGCUCGUCACCAAACACGUCACAUUCAAACUGAACUCCGGAAAUAAUCAAAUUUCCUUUUUCACUGACAAACGACUUGAGAAAAACAACACACAGAAAGAUAUUGAGCGUUCAUCACCAGCAGCUAUUCUCUACGUAGAGACAAAAUUAAAACGAAGAGCACCAGUUGCCGGUAGCCCUACAUCUAAAACAGUUGGUCCAGCACGAACCCGCUCAAAAUCAGUUGACCAAUUAGCAGAAGAGAAACCCAGAAGUCUCGGUGUGCGAGGAUCAAAAAAGUAUGUAAAUGCGAUGCAGAGAGACGAACGUUUAAAGAAGGCGGUGUCUACCGGUGACAUAUUGAAAGAUACUGAGUUAAGUAAACAGAAAAAUCGUAAAAAUAAGAAAGACAGCGGUUCAGAGAAAGGAUCUUUUUCUGGUUGGUUGCUGGGAACAUUGACGGGACGUAAAAAGAAGAAAAGGCAAUCAGUUAUAGAAAAACAACCUGAAAACGAUCAAGCGUCGAAGAAUGUUGUCAGUGGUCGCAAGCCUAUUCAGGAAAAAAGUAAGGAAUCGACGCCUCAGAAUGGUAGAGGAAGAAAAGCGGCAAAAUCUACAGAGAAGCCAACGGCAGAAAAACGUUCGAAAUCACAGCCAGCCAGAGAGAAACAGCAAGCUCCUAAGUCAAGCGACAGUAACUCUGAUUUAUCGGUGUCUAAAAGUAAAGAACCACCACAAAAAGUCAACAAGACUGGAAGUCCUCUAGCUUUCGAUGGGACGAAGAAUCAUAACACACCGGCCAAGAAAACUGUGAAAGCUCUGACACCACCAGAGAAGACAGCUCCUCCCAAAUCAGCUGAAUCCGCGCAAUCACAAGCAAAGACGACGACUAACAAUCAAAGCAAAGCUAAACCAAAGCAGGAGAAAAGUGUAAAAGACGCGAACAACCAAACGACUUCCCAGAACACAGAGGUACAGAAAACACCAACAUCAAAUAAAGACAACGCUACAUCAACCACACCUAAAUCUAUACUCAAGAAAGGGGGCACGCCCUCAAUUUCUUCAUACUCUUCAACCUCAUCAGGGGAUGUUCGAACGGACGUGCGAAAUGAAUCCCGUCCUGAAACCCGAAUUGAACCUAGUCCAGAAGUUAAAAAUAGUUCACAAAUCGAAACUGUAAAAGAUCCUAGGCACGUUGGACCUGCUGAAGGAACGGAAUUCUACGCCACUUUAAGAAAAAAUAUGCCUGUUGAUAUUCCGGUGCCCGACUACAAAAGGCAGGAGAUGGAACAACAACGGGCAAUGUUUGCCUAUGGCACAACACCAAGAGCAACAACUCGUUAUAACCAACAGCCAUUUAACAAUAACUGGCAAAAUCAAUCAGAUAUAAUCAAUAUUUCCUCUAACCAACACAUAGUUGGCGCUAUUGUACAUCAAUUUCCAGAAGAUCAGACAGAUUACAUGAAUGCAGAAGUGGAAAUGUACCCGCAUCAUAUUUACGCAAACAAUUCAUACAACCUUGACCCACCUUCACCCCCUCCGCCACCUGCAUUCCGGGAUCUUGGCUUUCAACCGCCAGCGGCACCGCCUCCACCGCCUAUUGGUUUUAACUCGGCUCAACAAUCUCCACAGCGUUCAUUCACUCGCUCCGAACCAGAACCACUUCCUCAAAAUCAAUUCUCGAGUCAACUGGUGAAGCUGAAACCUGUGGCACCGAGUCCUAAACCUAAACCUCAAAGUCAGACAGGAGAUCUUAUGGCAGAGUUGAAGAUUGCAACAGACCGCCGGAACUCACGACCCGAUCUCCUAUUAAAAAUGAAUGGACUGAACAGUUCACCUUUCAAUAACGGGUACUCACCACGUAGACAAAGUGAUGGACUCUCAUUUAGUAACCCACCGAAAUUUACACAUGGAGGUACGUUAACAAAACGACAGUUUUCUACUCCGACUAUUAAUUAUACACCAAGAAUUGGCCCUCAAACUCAACCAAAACCAAAAUUUCGGAAUCUCAACAACAGCAGUAGUGAACUACGAAAUAUGCGUGAGGUACCACACGAUCUAAAGGGUGUUAAUGUUGCACAAAUCAGUGAUUGUAUGCGAUUGCUCAAUUUGGAGAAGUACAUAGAAACUUUUAAAACACACAAAAUUGACGGUGACAUGUUGUGUGACUUGAAUAAGGAAAUGCUAAAAUCAGAUUUAGGAAUGUCAGAAAUUGAUGCUGCUAAAGUAAUGAAAUUUGCCAAGGGUUGGAGACCGCAGUGAACAUUUUUUAUUGAAUUGUCAAUAUCUAUUUGAACUUCCUAAAAUAUUAAAAAAUACAUUAACACAUGUCAUAUAUAAUAAUCACGCCGUUCAAUAAUUGUUCACGUUUUGUAAAUGCUGUUUUAUUUAUCAUUCCGUGGGACUUAUAUUGGGCAUUCCAAUCGUAGCUCAUGACAGCUACGACUGAAAUUGACAGCAACACAUUCGAGCUAAUUUGGUCGGUACUGAUGAUUAGUAAGCAUUAUUGUGUCAUGUAGUCUAUUGAUAUUUAGCGUUAUAAUUCCGAUGAUUAUUGCGAAACACUUAUGGUUUUAAUAUAUACUUAGAGCUCGAGAAAAAGUAGCAUUGAAGCUACCUUGGAUGUUGUGUAUAUUGCAAAUUUGGUUAGAAACCGUCAUAAAACUCUAUUAUUGUUACAAAAUCCAAACGUAGAGGGCUCUUGACAUAAUAUGCUGCUGCAACAUUUUCAACAUUUUAUAAAAACUUGAUAUUUUGUAUUUAAGUUGAACAUGCAACCAUCUGUAAAAUAUUUGGUAUAAAAACAUAAUAAAGUUAGGCGUGUCAAUAGGACCAAUGAAGAAAGGUGUUGGAAUUAAAAACAAAACGAUCUGCUGCAGUAAUGGAAGAGAACAGUUCGUUAUUUUAAA